GCGCCAUCCAGAACAGGAAGGGGAGAUUCGCUUGAGUCUGGCCGAAAGAUGCCUCCUAAGGCGCAUGCGCAGUGGCUGCGGCGGGGCUUCUAGUCCGAAACGUCGUAUGGAGGGGAAGGCAGAGAGGCGGCGGCGAUGGCGGGCUGAAGAACUGACUCCUUGGCUGAUUGGCUGAUUUCUCUGCUUCUGACCCCGUGGCUCAAAGUCACCAUGUCGGGGACGACAAGUAAGCGUGCAGCUGGAGAUGGGGGCUCAGGGCCCCCUGAGAAGAAGGCCAACAGGGAGGAGAAGACCACCACCACGUUGAUUGAACCCAUCCGGUUAGGAGGCAUCUCUUCUACGGAGGAGAUGGACCUGAAGGUGCUUCAGUUCAAGAACAAGAAGUUGGCUGAGCGCUUGGAGCAACGGCAGGCUUUUGAGGAUGAGCUACGCGAGCGCAUAGAGAAGCUGGAGAAGAGGCAGGCUACCGAUGAUGCCACUCUCUUGAUUGUCAACCGAUACUGGAAGCAGCUGGAUGAGACAGUGCAAGUGCUCCUGAAACGUUAUGAUGGAAGUUGUGAACAGACCCAAGAAGAGCCCAAGUUGGAAAUUGUCGGAGGAGAGAUGGAUCCCUCUGGCCUGGGACAAGAGGGAUCCGAGAGAAGGGAGGCAGUCCUGUCUCCCAUCACUCCUCCUGCCCCUUGGAAAGGAGGGGACCUUGUUCUGAACGAGCCAGCUCUUUCCUUCCUGGCAGCCUUGGCCAGCAGCAGCAGUGAAGAGAUUGAGCUGGAGCUUCAGGAGCGCAUGGAGUUCUCCAAAGCAGCUGUUUCACGUAUUGUGGAAGUCUCCGACAAGAUCCACCGGCGCACUGAAGAACUCUGCCAGAAAAUUCAUGCCCGUGUAGAGUUUGACCAGCUAGAAGAAGCAGUGAAGGCUCUCAACAAGGACCUGACAAGAGAGAACCGACAUCUGCAGGACGUCACCACUCAGCUGCAGGAGAAGCACCAUAAGAUCUCCCUGGAGUACACAGAGUUGCAGGACAAGGUGACUUCAUCAGAGACCAAAGUGCUGGAGAUGGAAACGACAAUUGAGGACUUGCAGUGGGAUAUUGAGAAGCUGCGCAAGAGGGAACAGAAGCUGAACAAGCACCUGGCUGAGGCACUGGAGCAGCUAAAUUCUGGUUAUUACGCAUCUGGCAGUUCUGGCGGGUUCCAGGGUGGGCAGAUCACACUCAGCAUGCAGAAGUUUGAAAUGUUGAAUGCAGAGCUAGAAGAGAACCAAGAACUGGCCAAUAGUCGAAUGGCAGAGCUGGAGAAGCUGCAGCACGAAAUGCAGCAAGCUGUUAGGACCAAUGAAAAGCUCAAGGUGGCGCUCCGUAGUUUGCCCGAGGAGGCGGUGAAAGAGACGCUGGAGUACAAAGUGCUGCAGUCUCAGUUCUCGCUGCUGUACAAUGAGAGCCUGCAAGUGAAAACACAGCUGGAUGAGGCUCGGGCCCUUCUCCUCACCACCAAGAACAGCCACCUACGUCAUAUUGAGCAUAUGGAGAGUGAUGAGCUGAACCUUCAAAAGAAGCUGCGGACAGAAGUGAUCCAGCUGGAAGACACACUGGCUCAAGUGCGCAAGGAGUAUGAAAUGUUGCGCAUUGAGUUUGAGCAGAACCUGGCUGCUAAUGAGCAAGCAGGUCCCAUCAACCGAGAGAUGCGUCACCUGAUCAGCAGCCUCCAGAACCACAACCACCAGCUGAAGGGUGAUGUGCAGCGCUACAAGCGUAAGCUCCGGGAGGUGCAGGCAGAGAUCAACAAGGUUCGGAUGCAGCAGAGUGGGUUUUCUUCUAGUUCAGCACCGCCGCCCCCCACAGCAGGAAGCGAAGACCCAGGAGGGAUGCACGGACCCUCAGGAGGGGCCACAAUAAAAGAGGAGGAGGGGGCAGCCCAUCCCGAAGUGAAGAAGGAGCCCAAGGAGAUUCAAAUCAAGAAGGAGCCCAAAGAAGAGCCAGUGACUCCUCAGCCACUUGGGAGCCAUGAGGGGGUGAAAAAGGAGGAAGAGGAGCCCCCUGCCGCCCAACCACCCGCCCCACAGCCUCCCCCACCUCCCCGAAUCAAGGAGCCUGAGCGGUCCAAGGGACGAGGUAGUGAUCGAAGCGUGGAUCGUGAUAGGUCUCGAGAUCGAGACAAAGAGGCCUCUUCGUCAUCUUCCUCCUCCUCCUCAUCAUCCUCGCGGGACCGGGAGAAACAGAAGGGCAGUGAGGAUGCCAAAAAGAAGGAUUCAGAUUUGCUGAAACAGCUGCGGACUGAACUCAAAAAGGCUCAGGAGAGUCAGAAAGAGAUGAAGCUCCUCUUGGAUAUGUACAAGUCAGCCCCCAAAGAGCAGCGAGACAAGGUCCAGCUCAUGGCAGCAGAAAAGAAGACAAAGGCUGAGGUAGAGGAGUUGCGGGUGAGGAUCCGUGAGCUGGAGGAGAAAGAAAAAAAGGAGAGCAAGAAAAUGGCUGACGAGGAUGCUUUACGAAAGAUCAAGUUGGCUGAGGAACAAAUUGAACACUUGCAGAAAAAGUUGGCUGCAACCAAGCAGGAGGAAGAGGCUCUCUUGUCUGAAAUGGAUGUCACAGGCCAGGCUUUUGAGGACAUGCAAGAGCAGAACAUGAGGCUGAACCAGCAGCUGCGUGAAAAGGAUGACGCCAACUUCAAGCUGAUGUCGGAACGCAUCAAGUCCAAUCAGAUCCACAAGUUGCUGCGUGAAGAGAAGGAUGAGCUGGCUGAACAGGUGCUGGCCCUCAAAUCUCAGGUCGACACCCAGCUGCUAGUAGUGCAGAAGCUGGAGGAGAAGGAGCGUGUUCUGCAGGGGAACCUGGCCACAGUGGAGAAGGAGCUCACCUUGCGCAGCCAGGCCCUGGAGCUCAACAAGAGGAAGGUGAGGAGGCCGACGGAUCAGGUGGGAUAGAGAUGAUCAAAGCUG